AUGGCCGCCUCUCCCUUUAUGCAUAUGCUGAGGUUCCGUGUACGUCAGCCUCAGUUUUACUGGUUUUUAGGACAUUUUAUGACGAUAUGGCAUUUUAUUAGGUUUCAUCUUUCAUUUUUCUCAUCAUCCUCACAAAGAUAUCAUUAUUCAAGAGUUUUAUUCUACGUUACAAUCACUUAUGGAAUUGUACUUUAUCAGUUUUAUAAAAGUGGUCAACUGAAAAGGCAGACAUUUUUGGUACAACUACGACAAUUGGAUAACCUGCAAUAUUUUUGUAUGGUUGCAACUCUUUACAUUUGUUCAUGGGCAGGUUCAAUGGUAAAUGGUGCUUUGUAUUCACCAGUUAUAUUUGCACUUUUCCACUGUUGUAACUAUUUCAAAGAAAAUUUAUUACCAUUCUUACCAAUUCAACCAAUUUUGAAGAAUACAUUAAAUCAGAGAAUCACAUUUUUCAUCCAGAGGUAUAAUGAAAAAUUUCUACAGAUGGCACAAGUAUUUGAAAUUAUGUGCGGUGUACGUUCAGGUCUCUUGGGAUUGCCGGUUGAAAUUGUUUUACUUUUAACAAGUCUAAAUGUCAAGAGAAUUGCCAGUGUUAUUGCAUUGUUAACCUAUGUGGUAUUCUUCAAAUUGCGCUAUUUACAUAGUGAAACUUUAAGGUUGUUGACAAGAGAGUACGUUUACAAAAUUGACACAUAUGUGCAUUCAAGUUUACCCAACUUCGUCCCCAAAUGGCAAGGUUAUAAACAAUUUGUGAGUAAAUUGUUCUGGAGAUUACCAUGUUAA